AUGUUACCACCCAUUGGUACGACAUAUAAUUUUACUUUUAAUGGUCUUUUUACUACAAUGAAAGUAUCUGGUAUUUACAGUAUAGAACCAGUUACAGCUCAAGAUAUGAAAACAAUUAUUGGUUAUCGUAAUUGGCAAUCAUAUACAGGUGAAUUUACUGGAAUAUUUUAUGGAAUAUCUUAUUUCAAUGGCACCUAUCCUCAAGCAUUAGUUGAUCCAAAUACAAAUGAAUGUAUCAAUGUUUUUACUGAAACAGUUGAUUGUACAAGUUGGUUAAAUACUGAAAUUGUACGAUGGGAUAGUCGAUGUUCUAUAGUUCGAAUUGAUCCACCAAUUACUGGUGAUAUGUCGUUGACUUUACGUGCAUCAACUUCUGAUUUAAAACGUCCAUCUGAUUUUAAUGCAACAGUAUCUAUAACUGGUUCACCUGAUAAAACAACAAUUACUUAUCGAUUUUUAACUCAAGUUGAACAAAAAAACUUCCCAUAUAUAAAGUGUUCUUUUUAA